UUCAGAGGGAAGUACGAAAACAAAUUAGCUCUUGUAUUUAAUGCUUUCUGUAAGAAAGAUAAAAUACACUUUCUUUAUUAAAUACUUGUUGUAUGAAGAAGCAUUUUUAGUGAUUUGAAAAAAGGCAUGCUGUUUUGAUGAGACAAUAGAGGCAAAAUGUCAGGUUGUCAGGAAGGUAUUCUCAUUGAUAUCAGUGAUGGUGAUCAAAUGUCACAAAAGGAUGGAUUCAAAGUCACAGAUUCUAUAGAGUAUUUUCGAGAUGAUCAGCUUGACAUACCGAUGCUGCAAAGCCCUGAAAUAUCAAGUCCAGCGGGCAAGGCUGAGAAAUUCUGGGACAAAACACCUCCUAGGAGUGUCUCCUUAAAUUUCAUAGAGGCUGAAACUUUUGACUUUGACCUUCCUGCGACCCCCGAAACCAGCUCUGAAGAUAUUCCAGCUGAGGAUGAUGAGGAGGUGUUUUUUGGACCUGUGGGCUUCAGGGAGCGCUGUGUGAAGACCGUCGUAGAUUCAGCCACAAAAGAAGUGAAACCACUAAGUCCCUUAAAUCCAAGGCAAAUGGCCGAAAUUUUCAAGGAAGCAAAUGCUGUGGCAGAGCGCAUUUCUUCAGCUUAUAGAGAAAAAAAUAGCAAGGCUAAGACAAAGGAAAGCAUUUCUUGUGCUAAACAGUUGAAACUUGGAGAAAAUAUAUUCAGAAAAGAUGCUAUAGUGUCUUUGCUGAAGUCGUCUACAAGGGGUCAUAAAUUGUCUGAUGAUGAUGACAAAGAAAACUGUGAUAUAAUGGACUGUGAUGGUAACAUUGCAGAAACUAAAGUUGAUCCAUUGGAACGCUUUAGGCAGAUUAAAGAAAAAUUGGCCAUUCACAUCAGUCCUGUUAAAGACAUAGAGUUGGUGGAUAUUGAGGAGGAAACAAAGAAGAAAGGCAAUGACAAGCCUGAGGAGAUGAGUGUGGAGGAGAUAGAGAAGUUACUGGAUCUGGGGGACACAUACAGCAAGAUGGAGACAGGUAGUGGCAAAUCCAGCGAGUCUGACAACAGUGAUGCAUCGCAGUCGCCUCGCAAACACAAUAGGUCUGGAACGUUUACCAUGGAAAUAACGCCACAUGAGCAACUGCCAGGUGGCACAGGAAAAUCUCUCCCUGUUAUUGAGCAACCACAGCCUUCGUCAGAGAAAAAGGAUUCGGCAUUCCAACGACAGGACCCUACUAGACGAAGCUUAUCUCGACUUAAGCCACCAUCUAAAUUGAGUAGCAGUCCUAAAAAGCAGGCAGCUGAUCUGGGUUGUCAGCCUUAUAACACAGAGAAACAAGAGGUCCUUAAACCUGCUCAAAGUAAGCUACAGAAAUCACGUCUCUCAGCCCCCAAGGCCAGCAGUCUCCUGCCCUCUAAGCUGAAGUCUGUAGCAACCAAUGGUUGUGGAAGUGGUGUUUCCAUGGCAACCAGACCUAGCCAGCUGGCCCCACCAUCUUUUAAACCAAGUCAGCUCGCUGGUCCAAGGAUGCAAGCCCCAGAAAUUAGAGCCAGUGCCAUGGCAACUCAAGGAAUGCUGAAGAGCAAACUUCAACCGAUGAGGCCGAGCAGUUUGCAGAGACCAACAGGAAACAAGCCCGGUGAAAGUGAAACAAAGAAAGGACCUCUGAAGGCUUUUGCCAAGCCCAUUCAGCAAGAUGAGAAGACUCCAGCUAAGGUUGACAAGUAUGUUCAACCCAAGAACCUGUCCUCCAGCUUCUCGACACCUGGCAAAUCAGGGAGCACCAGUAGUAUAGAGUCACCAGCCUCCUCAGUGAAUAAGAGGCGCUCCUGUCUGCCCACACCGACCAAGACCAGGCUCAGCUCUGUCGGCUCCUCCAUACCCUCACCUUGUGGGUCCCGUAGCAGCAGCACAUCAUCAUGUCGUUCUAUGGAUUCCCCACAUAUGAGCACACGCAGUGCCAUGAAGUGUGAUCUGCUGCGUGAAAAUACACCAAGUGAUAUGAGGUCCAAGCGCCCGCCCGUGGUCAACACACCCAACAUGCCGAAGAAACGCCUCUCCCAAUGGUCGCCGGUGCCCAGAAAACCAAUCGACCACGUAGAUCAGGCGUUCAUGUGUACCAAGAAAUUAAAGCGUUAAAUUGUGUCCUCUUUCAAUUAUUUCAACAGUUUAAUGUCUUUUGAUCAUUGGUUUUAUGGGCUACUUUAUGGGAAAAAACACGUUCACGAUAUGUCAUAACCAUGGGGUUGCGGUAGGCAAUGGCGUCUUUAUGCAAAAACAUUAAUCUUUACCAUAACUCUAAAUCUGUUCAGAAUAAUAAAAAAUAAAACUUGUUUAACAUGUUGCCACUCGAGACAAUACGCACAUGUAUAGCAUGGCAUAAAACUCUGUCUUUAACAGGUAUUGAAUUAGUCCUUUGUUCAACAAAAAAGACACGGAUGGGCAGCGGCACUCGCUCUGCUGCACUCUUGUAUUGAAGUAGUGAUAAUUUGCUUCCAACAUGCACUUAAUGGUUUCUCAUCGAAACAAUAAAUCUAAGAAUUAAAAAAACAUAGCUGGUUAAAUCUGACUUCCACUUCAUUGUGUUUUUAUUUUAAACACAAUGUCCUUGAUGUAAGUUAUUUUCUAUUAAAACUUGUCAGGAAAAUGUAGAAUUAGGUUUUGAUGUUUCUGCGAAUGGUCUGUGAUUAGUGCAAUUACAAAAAUAGAAGCUGUUUACUUUUACUAUAGCUCUAGCUUUUGUUGUUUGAGAGUGCUUACCCUUAUUUAUAACUGAUGUCAACAAUAAGAAAUAGUUGCUUUCUUUUGUGAAAGAUGUUACAUAUUGUAUUUUACCUAGUUACGUUUAAUGCUGUGAGAUUGGAUGUGAUCUUUAUCUGGAUGUCUCUAUUCAAAUUAUUACAGAUUGCAAAAUGUGACGUGUAUGUGUAGCUACUAGGGAUGGCAACGUGUACCCGAGUACUCGAGUACCAAACCACUACUCGAAUACUCGGGGGGAAAAAAAAUCUAUAAAAAACACCAAAUACACGAUUUACAGACAAAGUAUCAGAUCUAGUUAGUUGCCAAGAGGACAAUUUGCGGUCAUUUUAAUCCCCGCUGUGUACACAAUUGAGCGUAAUAUAUUAAUUGACAGGUGUUGUGAGAGUUGCAAAGUGUCAACAAAGGGCCCCUAUUUCCAAUUCGCACUGAUGUCAAUUAGCAGUUUUGAUAGCGGUACUUUCACCUACACAAUUCUAUUGUUUACCAAUUAGAGACCUUUCACCAAACAAUGGACGCUAACGAGCAAGAGUAGCGACCGUUAUGAGCAUUGAUUUCUUAAUAGGCAUAUUUUAACUAUUUUGCAAUGACUAUCACAAUUGAUUGGUUGAUAUCUUUAAUCAAGAAUUAUGAAUAUUAAUGAGGUAAACAACAAUAAUACAGAACGAAGUAUUUCAUUAAUUAUUUUUAUGUAUGCUUUUAAUUUUCGUCAUUGUAAUUCUGAUUGUUGUUCAAUAUAAACUCGAUUGUCUAGACGCUCGAAUAAAAUCUGGGUUGAACUUUCCAUCUAUAUUGUAGCUAAUUUGCAGUGCAUACUUAUGUAUAAAAUCAUUAAAAUGAAAUGGAAAAGACUAAAUUAAAAGCCUGAAACAACAUUUGUUUUCCUUUUAUUUAUUUUUCUGUUAAAGUACAUACGGUAAGUCUAAUUUAAUGAUGAAAAUGACCAAUAAUACGACCAAUGCACAAUAUACGUCAUGAACUCUACAUGUGUACACGAUCUUGUCUUUUCCGAAAACAAACGCAUUUUUUCCGAGUAAUCGAGUACCCGAGUACUUGAUCGAAAGAUUUUUGAGUACUCGAGUACCACUAUUACUACUCCUUGCCAUCCCUAGUAGCUAUGGAUACAUGUAAAUGAUGCAGUUGAGUUUCAAACUUUCUUUUUAAAUAUGCACUUGUACAUUUUAUAGACUCGCUGAUUCUCACAUAAAAUCUCUGUCCUCAUGUUAUCAAACCUGUUAGUUGAAACUUAUACAAUGUACACAUACAUGUAACUGGAUGACAGCGCACACAUAGAACUCCACAUGCACACAAGUAGUGUUUCCCGCCGCUCUAUUUAAUGCCAUGUAUUUAACAACAAUAGUUUGGUUAUUAUUUAUGUCAACUCGGUGUAAAAUGAUUUUUGUUUCUCAAUUAUAAGUUUUAGAGAUAGAUUACAAAAAGCAAAUUUAUGUUUCACAAUAAGUUACUUUGUUGGUAAACAAUUGUAUUGAUUGCUCCAUUUAUUGUUGAAACAUGAUGGAUAUCAUAAACUAUAUACUGUAAUCAGAGUACCGGUAUGUAUCAUAUAAUCAGUGCAGUUAAUGUACUUAACUUAUAAUAUCAUUGUAAUUUCAUUCUCAUGAUGUAAUACACAUACACUAAUUCCAAAUUGUACGGGUUUUAGUACCAGCAUUGUAAUGUCAUUAGUUUUAUACUUAUGGGUGACUGAAAUAAAUAAUAUCUCAUUUAAGUCUAUAAUAGAACAAGAGAUAGUUCGUAGGAAUAUUUUUGAUGGCAUGGACACGUAUCUGUGCAGCCUAAUUGAUUUUUACGACCAGAAGUCAUUGGCACAAGUUUGUCAAUGUAAAUCAGUUUGCAAUGUCAUUAUGUUUCUUUGAGUUUAUUAAGUCAACCUCACAAGAAAUGUUGGAGCAUAAGGAGAAAAAACACAAUAUAGAUCCCUUUCUAUGAAAGGUAUUUAAUGUCCGUCUAUUUGUGUACCAGUUAUUCUGUCCAUACAUAUAUCAGUAUAAGCAUCUGUGUGUUAUAUGUAAACAAUUGUAGAUAUAUAAACAUUUUUAGUGUUCUGCAAUAAAAGCUACAAGCAUU